CUGAAGCAAGCUGAACGUUCAUUUUUCUCCACAUAGGAAAAUUUACUGAGACGUAUUAGUAUGGUAAACUGAUGAAAAUGUUCCUUUACUGGCUUUUGAUUUUUCUAAUCAGGAUCCUGUCAAUUAGGAAGAAUUAGGUAUUUAACUGAGACAACAAGCCGGGCAACGCGGUAUAGGUCGUAUGCCGAUACCGGCGUACCUGAGUGGGAGGUGAGAUUCUCCAGGAUUCUGUGACGCAACUUCGAAAUUUGACAAAUGGGGGAAAGAAACGAGUAGUUUCAAUAGCAGCCAAAGCUAUUCGAGAGUUGGCUACUCAACGGAAGGCAGAGCACGUUCACCAGCAGCCAGGCAGACAUGAGUGGCCUGGAAAAGUCCCCUCCUGUGAGCGGUAAGCCCACCCACUCCAGGAACAGUAGCCACUCAUCCCGCCACUCCCACCAGAACUCUCGCCAUUGGGAAGUAGUGGAGGAUAUUGCAAGUGUGAGUGCAGGGGUGGAGUCUUUGCACGAUGUGACUAUUCCAGGCUUGUGUGAGGGUUUCCUCAUGAAGAAGAAGAAGUGGCCCCUCACUGGCUGGCAUAAGAGGUAUUUUGUGUUGGAGCAAGGGAUCCUUCGAUAUGCCAAAACUCAACAAGAUAUUUGUAAAGGGAAGCUGCAUGGCUCUUUAGAUGUCAGCCUAGCAGUGAUGUCUGUGAACAAGAAAUCCAAACGGAUUGACUUGGAUGCAGGGGAUAAUCUGUAUCACAUGAAGGCAAAAAGCCAUGAAAUCUUUUAUAUUUGGGUGACCAAGCUUUGUGCUCAUCGAAUUUUCAAAAAGAAUGAAGCUGUGCGUAUGCACCAUGGCGUGCUGCGGGCUCUCUCAGUAGGUAGUAGUGGUCUCCCAACAAUAGCUUGCCUUGCCCAUCGAAACCAGGCCCUGCCAGAUAUGUACCAGGGCAGCACAUCUGGAGAAGCACCCCUUAAAGAAGACUAUCCAACGGACCUAACCAGCAAAGUGUCAUCCUGGCUGGAACAGAAUCAUGAAGUUGGCUACUGCACUCAGGAGCUCACUCAGUGUCAGCUGGACUUGGUGGAGCUGAACCAGUUGGUCCAAAAGUUAAAUCUUCUGCAGUCCUGGCCUGUUACUGACAAUGACUUAGAACGUCGCAUUAGUAUGCAGAAUCUUACUCUAGAGAAGCCCAAGAAGAAAUCUGGCAAGAUUUGGGGCCACACUCGCACCCUGUCUGGAGUAGAGUUCACCUCCAGCCAUCUGAGCAUUUCAUCACACAUGGGUGCAUCAGUCCAGUCUAUCCCUGACUACGUCUACUCUCAGCUGUCUACACAGAGUGCCAUGUCUCCUGAGGGCAGGAAGAUCCAGCAGGAAAUCUGUGUUGUGUCUCAGCGACUGCAUAACUCGCUCGCAUCCGUGCAUCAAGCCCUGGUGAGGGAGAGGGAGCGUCUCCAGCAGACCUGGGCAGGGCCGCAUCUCCGAGAGGCUACAUCCCACCAAUUGGCCAGCCUGUGUACCACCCUCUCUGAGCUAGAAGUACAGUCCCGUCUGACCAAAGUCCAUUCCUUGUCCUUGUCUUCUGAUUCUACCGAGGAGUCCUUCUGUACUGUACGACAGGAACAGCCAGCAUUCUUAGGACGUCACAGGCCCCCAUCUGUGGCUGAUUCGAUGGCAGAGUACUUUGAUGCUAGUGACGUCCUCAAACGUGAAAGCUCCUCAGAAAAUGAAGCUUCUGAUGAGUCAGGACUAAGUGAUAUCACCACCAGUAACUCGGAGCCUGAGGAGAGUCAUGUGGUUUCCACCCAGACCUACCGUGCCAGUGUCUCAAGUGCCCCUGAAGUGUCCAUUGUCCCCGAAGACACCGGCCGCCGCACCAGCCUUCCUGCCUCCUGCCCAGACAACAGCCACAUUGGGCUGAUGACCAUCUUGUACAAUAACAUUGGAAAGGACUUGUCUCGAGUGUCCAUGCCAGUUGCUCUCAAUGAGCCCUUGUGUCUGAUGCAGAGGCUAUGUGAGGAGCUAGAGUAUUCAGAGCUGCUUGACACUGCCAACCACACAGAGGACCCCUAUCAGAGGAUGGUCUAUGUUGCUGCAUUUGCUAUCUCUGGCUAUGCCUGGGCACGCUAUCGCAACCGCUACAAGCCCUUCAAUCCUGUGCUUGGGGAGACUUUUGAAUGUGUGCGUGAAGACCGAGGUUUUUGCUACAUCAGUGAGCAGGUUAGUCAUCACCCUCCCAUCUCUGCCUGCCAUGCGGAGUCUGAGAACUUCAAAUUUUGGCAAGAUCAGCGAUGGAAAAACAAGUUUUGGGGCAAAUCCCUGGAAAUUAUUCCUACAGGAAUGGUAAAUGUCAUGCUUCCAAGGUUUGGUGAUCAUUAUGAGUGGAACAAAGUGGUCACCUGCAUCCACAAUGUGCUCAGCCAGCAGCGUUGGCUAGAGCAUUAUGGUGAAGUUGUAAUUCGCAACACCAACAGCAAUGUCUGCACUUGCAAAAUCACAUUUGUGAAGUCUCGCUACUGGAGCACAGACAGCAACAUUAACGAGGUACAAGGACAGGUAUUGAAUGAGUCUGGCGAAGUGGUCCACCGUUUUGGCGGCCUCUGGCACGAGGGGAUUUUUUGUGACACCUUUCCUGUGCCAAAGUGUGUUUGGAAACCUAAUUCCCAGCCAGAGGACCACUUUAAAUACUAUGGCUUCUCGCGCUUUGCCAUGGAAAUGAAUGAGCUGAUUCCUGAAAUGCUGCCUUUGCUUCCUCCAACUGACAGCCGCUUCCGCCCUGAUCAGAGGCUUCUGGAAGAGGGUAUGGUAAAUGAGGCAGAUAAACGCAAGGAUGAAGUGGAGGAGAAGCAGAGGGAACGGAGGAAACUUCUGGCCAAGAAAGGCCAGGAACAUGUACCCCGAUUUUUCAGGAAAACUUUGGAUUCUUCUGGCAGGGAGGUAUGGAUCACUAAUGACACCUACUGGAAGAUCCGUGAGGAUCCUGGAUUUACCCACACGGACAAUCUGGCACUGUGGUGAACCCAUCAACAGUGUACACACUGGGGACUGAAGCUAGGCGCUUGUAUAAUUCAAAUGUCACAUAAGGCAUAUUCAUGUCUACAGGGAGGAGUGGGGAGGAGGAUUCUCUAGUGUUUGCUGCAUAUAUGAACUACUCUAUUAUAGAGCAGGGAUUAUGCUUCUCUGCACCAUCAAUCUUAUUCAUGGAUGUACCUGAUAGUCUCAACCUUGUAAGCCAUGAUGGUGUACACCCAGUGAAUUUUAGGUUUUUAAAUAAUGCUGACUAAUUUGUCAUGUAAAGAAUGAGAAAUCCGUUAUUUGUUCUACCAUGAUGCACUUUGAAAUAGGGUCGCUCACUUGUGGUGAAGUUUAUAAAAUGGAUGUUUAUGGGUUUGUAUGUUUGCUCUCCUCCAUUGUACAGUCUUAUCUUUGCCUCGGGUAUUUUUACUCUGUCACUGCAUUUAUCCUUGCCCAAUCCUGCCAAGCUCAUGCUUUUACUAGGUCUAAGUGUGAGUCGUCAUAUUUUAAACUGCCUUCUCUGCAGAUUCAUUCUGUUGAUACAAUGAUGUAUUAUGGAUGUUUCAACAGCUGGAAAAAACCAAAAUGAGAUGCUGUAAAUGAUUGGGAACAUCUCACCAUGUUAGUGUAAGACUUCCUGUAAGUAAAUAAAACUGAUUCUAAAUAUUCCAUAAGGUCCUUUUAGAGGCAUGAGGUAUGACUAUGAUUGCCUUGUGGUGAUUUAUCGUUUUUUUUGUUUGUUUUUUUUUAAUAUUAAAAAUUCCAUGUUUACGUGAUCUUCAUUUUUCAUUUGACACUUGUGCACCUAAGGGUGAGUCCUGGACUUCAACUCAAAUAACCUACAUCAACUGAAAUAAUGGUCGGCUGAUCAAGCAAUCUUGGUGCCCCCUCUCCCCCUUUUUUUUUUAAGAAGACAAACAGGGUUGGUAAAUGACCGGCGCUGAAGAAUCUGUAAUGUGUAACACUGGAUCAAGAUUGGAAUGUAGGUGGAGGUGUCCCUCUGCAAUAUGUGUGGAGGCAACCUCUGUAGGUGCCAAUGGCAAGGGGGUAAUGAACGGAUGAGAAAAAGCAUUUGACUCUAUAUUCAAUAUUAUUGAUGUAACCUCACAACAGAUGUGAAUAGAAGAACCGUUUUAAAAUGGCAUCUUGUAGGGCAGCUGUGUCCUAAUCCUAUCCACUACAACUUUUUUUUCCUGAACUGUUUUCAGAUGAAUGAGGAAUAAAAUGUCAUAUCAGCUGCUA